AUGUUUUAUGCUCCAUGGUGUCCUCAUUGUAUUAAACUAAUUCCUACAUGGGAAAUAUUAGCCUAAUAAAGCAAUGUAGCAGCUGUAAAUUGCGAACAAAAUACACGACUGUGUUCCAGAUUCAAAAUUAAAGGAUUUCCAUCUUUGAUUUACAUUCCCCCACAAUCUAAAUUAGGAUAUAAAUUUUAUGGCAACAGAACUAAUGACGAGUUUGAUCUCUUUAUUAAAGGAGGUUGGAAAGACGAGAACAUUUUGUAAAUUGAAAUUUCAUAAGAAUAUUCUUUAACUGAUGAGUUGAUAGAUUACCUUAAAGACCCUAUGUUGCUUGGAGUCAUAGUAGUGAUGCUAUUUUUAAUCUUUAUGAUACUUUGCAUGAAUAGAUUGGAUGCAGAAGGAUAGGAAAUAUAAAAAAACAAGGAAAAAAAAGCAGAAUGA